CUUAAAGAGACGUGGCAUGUUCAGUUUGGCGAAUGUUUUAACAGAUAACUAUUUGGUGAACUCAUUAAUAUUACAUAUAAAUGCUUAACACAAUACUAGGUGAGUUAUCGCAUCAAUACUCCCUCUUAGGAUUUGAGUAAUCACCCCGGCAACGAAGAGUAGCUGGGAAGAGAUGGUGUGUUUUUAGCUUCAGUGUCAUCGAUGGUGCAGAAUGACAAGUUUCUCAGCAAGUACCACAUUUCUUGCUUAACUCACCUGUAACAUUUCCACAUGAGGAGAAUGUGGAGAUAUUUUUGUCUGCCUUUGACUGUUUUAUUACUGGGAAAAGCAGCAUGACGCACCGAGUUUGAACCAAGCCCAGGACAGGCUGAACCAAUUACCCAGGCCUUGACAACGUGUCCAACACCAACAGCCAGGCUAAAAAUUCCAGCCUGGGAGGAAAAUCCUGAGUGUCCUUUGGCUGUGAUGACUGUAAUUUACUGAUUUGCAGUCUGUAAGAGGCUCUAAAAUAAGCAGCGUUUUUUCUCUCCAGCUGUUUGGGACAAAGCAAAGUUCAGAAAACAGUGUAUGUAAUUAUAUGCAUAAAUGUUAAGUCACAUAGGCUAAAUAUGGUGUGAGAGAGAGUAUGUUUGGGAGUUUUACACAGAGUAAACUUAAAGAUACUCUGGGGAACCAAUCUGGAAUUUUACCCAAUCUUGGAAACAGUUUUUCCUCAUUUUUGUACAAGAUUGAACAAGAUAUCUCUCAAAUGUGGGCCUCUAAGGAGAAGUGACCAUGAUCACUUGAUCUACAAAACAAAACAACUUUAAGACUACCUCACACAACAGAGUAAAAAUAGAGAGUUGGUUAAGCCAAAUAAAUAGGAAAAGAGGCGAUGAGCUGGGAGAGAAAAGGGCUGGAAAGAGGGGUGGACCCAGUAGAGAGAGAUGCAUGUGGAUGCACUGAAUGUUUCCCCACAGUGGAGUGAGGGACUGACAGCAUAUUUCCAUCCUGGAGGAGACAGAGAGAGAGAAGUGGGAGAGUUCUCACAGGAAAAGUUUGGAGGAUGCCUUGUCUCUAAUGGUUUUAUUCUUUGAACUGCAUUAUCCCGCAAGACAAGAUGCUGAUCGGAGCCAGAUCUGGUAAUAAGAAACAAAAAUAUUUUCUUGUGUGUGUGUGUGUGUGCGCGCGUGUGUGUGUUGGAGUCAGAGAGUGGGUCAGAACAGGCGAUAAUGGGGCUAUUGUUACAGUUAACACUCAUGCUAUUCAGUCCAUAAUGACCCAGUUCUUUCUUACUCUCUAUGUAAUGUCUGUGAGAUUUUCUGUACUUUAAUGAUGAUUUUUCAACACUUGCCUUUGUGCCAGCUCAGUAUUCAAAAGGUACAUAGUGUAGAGCAAGUUUAAGGAGCAAGUCAAGGUUAAUUCAUCUAUUUACAGAGAAAUGGAGAUAUUUUUCUCUCUUUGAAUGGGCACCUUUAUACUCUUUAAUGAGUGCAUGUGUGAGAAAUCACUGUCUCAGGACUCAUGUUGAUUUACCUUAAAUUCUCUUGCAGGGUAAUGGAGUAAUUCCCAUAAUGACAGAGAGGAGCACAUGUGUCUGAGUGAGUAUAAUUUAACUUAAGUGAUAAAAACCCUCUGAUGUGAUGUGAUGUAUGUGAAGGAUGUGAAAAAGAUACACUUAAUUAUCUUUAUGAUCACAACUUGCUUUCAUGUACAUUCCUCUCUCUUCUAAGUGCUGAGAAACAAGUGGGCAGAUGUAGAGAGGGUAGCACAUCUAUUUGGUAGGAGACUGCAGGAGUAUCAGCACCCUCCUCUUAUUUAAUCUCUAUUUCUAUUUUUAUGGUUUUGUGGGCUUGUAUCUCAUUAUAGUGGUUGAUCACAUGAUAUGAGCCCGUACUUUCUGUACACUGUGAUGACUUUGUUUACCAGGCUGGGAUGAUGUAUGUGUGUUAUAUCAUGUAGCAAUCUAAAUCAAAAUGGCUGUUUAAAUGGGUUUCAUGUUUACAUGCUCUUGGAUAGAAGAUACAUCACAGGAUAUGUUGAGAUUUUGCUGACAAUGUUAUAAAAUGAGAUAUCUUGUCGUUUAAGUGUAGAGUACAGCCUGAUCUGGUGAGUCUGAGCCUAAACAGGUUCCUUAUCCUGUGUUUUUCCUCUUCCCUUGAGCAUGCUGGUGUGUGGCUAUGGCAGGUGUGGGAACUACCCUAGGCACUAGGGCUAUUUGUUGAGUCUGGUGGAGUGUUAUGAGCCUAAAUUGACAAAAAUCCCAUGGCACUUGAUAACCCCGGUGAUGAACUGGCUGUUGCUACCUUACACUUAUGUUUUCAAGGACAUUACAAGUAGGCUAGCUAACUUAGAGAGGUAUAAGAACUGAUCCUUUUCAUCAGAGCUGGGGUAACUCAUUCUUAUUUUAGAUACUUAGCACUUUUUAAUGUGAAUUCGAAGUUCUACAUCAAUAAAGACUUAUUGUAUAAGAUUAUGAUUAGGCUGUCAUUAUGAGAGUGCACUUCAGCUGAGUUUUUGCUCUAGAUGAUGACUGCUUGUGUAUAACCUGUAAAUAGCUCUGUGAUCAUCCUACUUCAGGGUGAUGCUCUGUCUUGUCCGAUGUUGAGUCUGUCAGGAAUGUGUGUCAUGCUCUGUUACAUUAACAUUACAUUUAGGGUUAGAGCAAGGGUCAUGUUUUGGUCCAUCAAACUAAGCAGAAGAGGCAGAAUUCGUGCACAGACUGAGAGGAAGUGCAGAUUGGGGUCAGGGCAUUGGAGUCAAUGUUACCCUGUUCCACCUGACUGCACUUGUACAUUCCUCCACCUGUUUACUUUAACAUCGUGUCCAGACUUCUUGAACAGACCUGCAGACAUCUGCUCAGUACGUCAGGUUGGACGGCAAAGAACUGAGUGUAUUGACAAACAGCGCUUCCAGUAUGAGUUAAAAACCAGACACAUGAUUUAAGACCAGUAUGAAAACAUCACUCAAACUGGCAACUUCUCCAGUGGUGAUGAACCCUGAACAUCCUCCCACUGCGGCCAUAACCUGUUGAGAUAUAGAGUGAGGUCUAUUGUCAAGUCAGGCUUACAAUCAAAACCAUCCACUGGAAAAACAGAGUCAUUCUACUGGCCAGCAACAAAAUCAGAUGGCAAGUACACAUAAAAAUCGAUCAGUUUGCAUGUUUUAGCUCUCAACAGACUGCCCAGUUAAAUGUUUUAACUCCACAGCAAAAUAAAAGCUGUCUUUUCCAUAACCAGAUGGUAACAACUAAUUGAAACAAUACUGCAUUUUUUUGUUGAGAGCUAAUCCAAAGCACUUGUCCGUGCAGCUUUAUACAAAUGCCUUUAUUCAAAUAACUAAGACAAGAUUUCUUCAAACGACCACAAAGUUACAUUUUUCUCCAAAGUGCCCCAGACUGCAGCUUUUCAUAUCUUUGUAUUAGUGAUUAUAAAAACUUUGCAGUCUUAGCGUUAAUGCUGAUUUAUCUGUACAAAAGACCAUCCUUAUUUUAAUUAACCAAGAUGAUUGGAUUGUAAGACCUGACAAAAUGCAAAGCUGCUUGAACUGUUAUUUUUAAGAAUCUAGGUAUGAAGCAGGUCAUCACUGACACACAGAUCUUCUUAGUUGGUCUUAAUAUGAGUAUCUUCUUUCUGGUUUACUUAAUCUAUCUUAAAUCACAGUUUGAAGGUUAUUCAGCAACUUUUCACCCCCUCAGCUGCAACCUCCACAGCAUCACUUACUCCCAAAACCGACCUCACUCUAAGUCCAUCUGGUUUCUUCGCUGCCUCUGUUUGUUUGUUUUCCUUGGUGACUUCUCUUCUUCUUCAUCAUUUCCUCCAUCCUCUCUGGCCCACCGACCAUGGGAAAAGCCCUGAGAGAUCAAUAGUGGAGUCUUUCUCCCACUCUCUUUCUCUCUGUCUGUCUCUGGGCCAAAUGGUUCCUGUGGGACGCCUGAGAAGAUGGCUCACAUGUGUGUGAGCGCUUCCUGUGGAGCGUAGUAGCUCCUUAUCCCACAUUAUUGAAGCAUCAAGCAAAGAAGACACAUUAUAAUCCAAAGCCCUGAGUCAACAUAUCAGUUAUUGUUGUGUAACUGUUUUCAAGAGUGGAAAUACCCCUCACUUUUGUUUGUUACAUCAGUGGCACAGAGCUCAGAGCAGGAAGUCAAGAGCACACAUGGUCUUUUUCACCUCCUACUCCCACACUAUGUUUUAUUCCCUCCCUGGAUCGGACUCUAAACACCUGCUUAACCAAUACACAAUUUGGCUGCAGCCUCCUCGGAUCUUGUGGUGAGGUCUGUGUGGGUCUUUUAAUGAAUGGAAAUCCAGUAGGAGUGGAUAAAUCUCAGGAAAAACAUCACCAGCACUCUCUCAAUACUGACACUUAAAGGGGGAAUAAAAAAAGGCCACACCUAAGAGCCAGGAGCAAGUGCAGAUGCCGGGUCCCCCACCGCUGCUGCUGCGUGUCGGGGAUGUAACUCUGCACCGGGAUGAGGGAGGAGAAGGGGCUGGGAGGAGGGAAAUAGCAGAGGAGCUCAGUGACUGAAUGAAAAAAGCUAAGAGUGAGACAUAAACAAGCAUGUGGACGCUGCUCUGUGGAUUAGAUAAACUUCAGGGAAACUCAUGGAUGGAUUUUAUCUGGAGGAGUCUGUAAAAGGGAGGAAAAAUGGUAAGAGCAACCUGCUUAAAAACUCUUGAAUGUGUCUGACAGCGCUGCUUGAAAUGUGUUCCAUGUUUUUUUUUCAUUGUGGUCCUUGGCAAAAAUAAGAGCCUCCUUUAUUUAACUUAUCAAGGGUUGUGCUUUCCUUGUAUUUUUCCCAAAGUUCAGUCUGAGCUGAAAUCAUUUCUCUUUAAGAGUAGCAGUGCAGACUGUGCGGCUGGUGGUGUCUAUUUUCAGCAGCUCAUGGCAGCUCUGAAGGGCAUAACUGCCCCCGUAAUGACAGGUUACUGUGCAAGGCCCAGCAUUUUCAAGGUUUAAAACUAUUCUCCGGAUUGGGUGUGUACGUUAAAUCACUGAGGCUUGCGGGAGCAGGAGCACAUGUGUGUGAGAAGUGUGCGUGUGCAUGUGUGUAUGUGUAAGUCAGACAGCCAGAGACACACUUCCCUGCCCACUCUACAGCUCUGUGUCUGGUUGCGUGGCUCAAAGAGGGCCAGUGUUGACAGGCCGUGGGCUGACAGCAGAGGCGUGAGGGGUCCAGUGUCAGAGCUGAACAGAGGGGACGGUCUGUUCUCUGUGUCACACGCACACACACUGGACAGGAUUGUCAGAUAUGUGUGGUUUCAGCCGUCUGUGGUGACAUCAGACGCAGAUAGAACGUCCUGUUGUCUCGGGCCGGUCUAAACUUGGAGCUCAGCAGCUGUGGAUGGUUUUUGAAAAGUUUUUUGAGGAGUAUUUGUAAUGAUUGGUGGUGUCAGUUUGACGCAACAAAGUACUGAAGCAUUUGUAUUUGACAAAACAGGCAUGUUGUCGUGUGUCAGAGUUGAUGUGAUCAUUUCCUGAGAAGGAAAAAAACUGAAUAAAUGAGAAAUUACAGGUCAGGAGGUCUUUGUGAAAGACUCAGUGAAAGACUUGAAUAUAAUCUAUUGAUCAGAUUUACACAGCUACUAUUGUUUUCUCAGACAUGAUGCCCAGAUUGAAAAUAAAAACAGGUUUAAUAUUCUAAUAAUGUUUUCACAUUGUUGGUUACAAACAAAUACUUGUAGUGAGCGUUACAUUUCAGUGUUAAAAGGCAGUGUUUUUUUUUUUUUUAGAAAAUAUUAUGUUCACUUGCACAGAUGACGAGACUGUUCUCACUUUGUCCACAGGGGGCACUGGAACCAACACAAACCAAAUGUUACUCACAGGAGAUUUAGCAAACCAGAUGGUAAUACCAUUAGCAGAGAAAUGGCACAAAACUAAUAAAAGUAUUUUAAUCUUUCUGAUGAUGCAGCAGGAAAGGAGUCAAUCACAUACUAAGGUAGCCUGAACUUGAAAUGGAUUGUUAAGUGAAAUUAUGUAACAUAACAAAUAGGAUGUUAGAUAGGAAUCGGUAAAAUGUUAAUGUUAGCUUUUGUUAGAUGCUCAUCAAAUACCUUGUUGGAACACAUUAGCUAUAAAACACAAUUUAAGCUACAAAAUGGUUGAAUGCAAGCCUAAUAUUUGUCAUAAAUAAGUAAAAGAUUUUUAGAGAACCUUUAUUUCUUACUUUGUAAAGGAACAGCUAAUAUUGGUAUUCACUCACUGGAUAUUACAACCAUCAUCAUGAAAAUUAAGCUAAGUUACUAUACCUUUUUUUUUUUUUUUGAUAGUUUUAAAUGAUAGCAUCAUUUAUCAAUAUGUGGUUUAAUCAAAUCAUUUGGUCAGAAAUCCUCAAUUUAUUGCUUAAUCACCACUUCUGUAGCUUUCAUGGAGUUGAGCGCUAACGUUAGCUGAUGUCAAAUAGUAGCCGGUGUGUUUUGUGAGUAAAUUGUUUGACUUUAAAAUAAAGCCCACAUUCCGACAAGAUACCAGUGUUUAUCUCUCAGUAAUUUGCUCCAAGUAGUAAAGAGUAAAAAAAAAAAAAAAUUAGAUAGUCCAUAUUCACAUUUCCCCAAACAUGAUGUCAGAGGACAAUAGCAGCUGUAGAAUGUAGAGUUAAUUAUAAAGAUGAUGUGGUAGUUCAACUAGGAGUUAAUAAAUAUUUUUAAGCGGCGCACAUUCAAUACAAUGCACAGAGAUGUAAAAAUGCACACAAAAUAACACCUAUGUGAACAGACAACACUAACUUAAAAACACACCUAGACCUUGAACAAGGAAAUUCAAAAAUUGCAGGAUAUUCUUCUUAAUCAGGAACAAAGUGGCAAUUUCAAGGCUUGUGUGGACCCAAACCUCCAGAUAAACAUGAUAUGGAUCAUUUUCUUGAUAUUUUACAUGAUUUGACACUUUUCCAUUACAUCCAGAGAUCAUCCGACCGUUAAAGUGAACAAACCUACUUUGAAAUGAAAAACAAAGUCACCAACUGUGUCUAGUCUUCUUACUUUGCACCAUAGUAGACAAAACAGAAAGCAGAUAGGAAAGAAAGUUGUGUCUGCCUCCAUUUUGCUCAGGAAUGCUGAUACUAAAUUGUUUGCAGGACAGCAUAUGAGCUUCACAAGCUUCUUACAGAAAAAAUAUGGUGAGUCAUCUGUGAUGCGUAUGUGUCUGUCUGCGAUUGUUUGAGGUCUGUCUAGUCCUUGCGGGAUGUUCUUUCCUCUCGUCUGAUGAGCAGACAUCUGGAUGUAAUCAGUAACAUCUGUCUGCUAACAUGGAGUGUGUUUGUGUUUGUAUGUGAGUUUGUGUGUGUUCGUUUUGUGGAUGAGUCACCGUGAGUCAUCAGGGUUUCAGGAGGCAGUGAUCUGACCCCUGAUGUGCAGACACCUGCAGAGCUCAUUGAUUUAGGCUCAAACACACAUCUGCUGUGAGACUUUGAUACUAAAUGAUGCUAACCGUGUUGUCAAAUACCAAAAUCAGCCACUUUUCUCAGAUUAACACACAAAUCUGUGCCAGCUUUAUGAUGGACGGCUUUGUGUGUCUGUUUCUGGUGAGACAAUUACCCACUAUAAUGGUUUGGUCACAUGGGCUCAGAAGUGGGGCAGGCUGGUUUCUAAGGAAAGCUCUGUUCCCAUUGUAGUACAACUGUAGUAGCAGUAUUCCCAGUGCCCCCAUUCAUACCCUGCUCCUCUCCAUCUCUGUAUGUGUGUCUCUGCUGCAGGAUCUACAUGUGUCAGAUAAGUCUGACAGUCUGACAGACAUGGAGCACAUAAGCAGGACGAAAGGGGAACAGGGGCGACAGAUGCACCAGGUGUUACAGGUGAGUUGUAUCUUACUUAAGGUCCAGAGACCGUGAUGUAGGAGGAGAGAUUAAUGAGAGUGGAUGACACAGAGAAAGAAACUGUGACCAGCAUUGUAGAAAUUUAAGACUGCUUAUCACUGCUUGUCACAAAAGUGUCAAAAAAUUGUUUUCAAUGAAUGGAUACAUCUGCACUUUGAAUGUCUUUUAAAUUUUUUAAGGUACAAGUACAUGUGCAAAUUUCACCUCUUAAAUGUAAAGAUGCUAGAGUGUUAAUAAUCGCCUUUGUUUUUUGAUUCUUUUCCACCCUCCACUUUCCACAAUUUAACUCUUAGUACAAAAGUCUGACCCAGCAGGGAAUUGUAGUUUUUUUCCAUGAUUGGAAAAGUAUGAUAAUGUACUAACUUAGAUAGCGCUGCAGUGUAGUGUAGUGGAUAUUACAGUUUAAUAGCCCUGCAUCAGAUCCAUAUAUGCUGUAUUGUGUCUAAGUGUCUUUUUUUUUAUUCAAUCACACAAAAAAGACUAGAAAAAUGAAAUCCAUUCAAUAAAUGAAUCAGCCUUUUGUAAAUCUGUUACUAUCAGUGAUUUCUGGUUUAAAAUUCAAUCUGUUAAAACUGAUGCCAGUCCACAAAGUGUAUUAAGUAUGUAACUCCAGAGUUUCAGGAUCUGCAGAGUUUUUAAAUUGAUUUUAUCUUCCUACAGAGCACUCCUUUGGACCUGAUUGAGACUGGCAAGUCUCUGAAAGUCCAGGCAGAGCGCCCUCACCUGGUUAGUUUGGGAAGUGGACGCUUGAGCACGGCUAUCACUUUACUACCACUGCAGGAAGGUACAGACCCAUGUGUGAGAAUGCAUUACUUUGGACUGCUUUGUUUGUGUUUUUGCUCAUUACCCACGAUACCUCUGUACAGACAGCAGUAUCUACACUCUAUGUUAUAGAUAGAACAUAAAGACGCACCCAUCAGCACAUUAUCCUAAAUAACACAGUCGUUCUUUAAUCAGUAAGCAGCAGAACUUGUUAUUAGCGUUGAAUUUACAAAAAGUGAUGACACAUCCCUUUAUAACAAUCAUGUUGUGACUCAAACUUCACCACACUUGCAAUUACACCCUUGUCUGUAAUUGUAUUCGUCUUGCAUCGAGCCAAGACACCCUACAGUAAAAGAGGGUGUGACAUUAGCACCUCAGAAGAAAAGUUUCCUGGAUAUUUUCUUUGUCCUACAUCCUCUGUGCCCUCACAUGAGAAUUACCCGGAGCAUGUGUUUCAGCUGGGUUAAACCUCUUGCACUCAGACAGCUAUAUUAAUAUAACUGAUAAUUGAAUUACAACAUGUUAAAUAGCAGUUAUAUUAAUUCACUCUGGCAAGAAUCUUCUCAUCUGCCAGGCUAAACACAUCUCUAACACCUGUCCCGCUACAGUUUAUCAGUUCACAUGCUGACUGAGUUUGUAACUCCACCCACGUGGCCUUGACCUCUCAGAUGACAUCUGUAACCUCUGGCUUCAAACAGCAACCCAAGAAUACUUCACAAAGUAUUCACAGGCCCGCAUGGCUAACUGUGGUAACUGACGCUGAGAAAAUGUUUUCACUGGUUGCAGGGAGGACCAUGCUGGGCAGUGAGGGGACGGAUAUUCUUCUGCAGGGCCCCGGCAUCGCAGAAAGGCACUGCUACAUAGAAAACCAAGUAGGCAGCAUCACCCUGUACCCAUGUGGAAACCAGUGCUCUGUGGAUGGGCUUCCCAUCUCCAAACCAUACCGCCUGACACAAGGUAGCUCAGUUACAGGACUUGUUUACUGCUGUCAGAUAAGUGUUGGUGUCAAAGGUGUUUUUAAAUAGCACCUUUCAUCCAUGGAGCUAUAUUGUACUGGUAUUUGGAGAAUGAUGUGCAAUGUGUCAGUGAAAAAAUGAUUUUGAUUGAUUAAUUGAAGUUUAUUUGGAAUACGCAAACCAAAAAUAAAACAAGAAAAGUAAGGCAAAACAUUUAAACAUAAAACAUAGAAAUACAUCAUCGAAAAGGAGUGAGAAGAAGAAUAACUUACGAACUCCCACUCCUUCCCUUUAAAUAAUAAUUACCCACACCAAGCUUUCUUGCAACUUGUUUAGAUGUACCUGAUACUUAUAGAUAAAUAGAGUACAUUCAUGACUUUGUAUUAUUAAAAAAAAUCUACAUCCACUUAAUACAGCACACACAUAAAAACAACAAAACAAAAUAAAACAAGAAAGAAACAAAAAACCAAAAACAAAACAAAAGAAACAAUAACCUCAUGACACUUAGUGCUACCCAACGCCUUCCUCAUCCCUGUACCUCUUAAAAAUAAUGUCUUUGUACCUCAUUUGUGUCAUGUUUGAACAUUACUUUAAAUCCAUGCAAACCCUGUUCUAUAGUCUCACCCUACUCACUGAAACACAAAAACCCUUCCUCUUUGUCCGAAUUAAAGUUAGAUUAAAGUUAAUUUUUCCUCUUAAAUUACAACAUCCCUCACGCAUACUGAAUAAUAUCUGUAUAUUUAUUGAUAGACGAUUAUAUUUAGCUUUAAACAUUAUUUGAGCUGUUGGAUAUUCCACACUAUCUGUGAAUUUUAACAACUUGGACUGAAGAAAUAAGAAGUGUGUGUGUUCCUGAUAGCCAACAUUGUAUAUAAAUUGUGAUUACCAUAUUAGGUCUUAUUGAUGUAAAAUCAUGUUGAUGUCCAGUUAUGUACUAUUCAUAGUUUAAAUAUACUACCAUGUUACAUACAUGAGCUGUUUUGUUGAGUUUGAAAUAAAUGGGGGUUGAUAGUAACAUCAUCUAGCUUCACAAAAACAAAUCAGUCCAGUCUCCUUCCAGUAACAUGCCAACAUGCCAUAAAGCAGGCACAACAGUCCCACCCCCCUCGGUCCCCUCUCUUUGGGAUUCAAGCCAGCAGCUACAGCAGAAUGUCAUUUGAAGUUGAUCCACUCGUGUAUGUGUGUGUGGAGGCAGCAGCUGCUCAACUUUAGGCUUUGCUUCAUUUAAAGGACGGUGAUGAAAUAUUAGAUCGAUCGACUCUGGACUGAAGGAAACUGCUACAUCCCUUUCAUAAUUGAUGCUGUUGUUUGGACCUUUAACCUCACUUUGAAGGAUGAAAUAAGUGUUAAACUUUCUGAGGAAUAUCAACAAGUAGACACAAAAGAUCAGUGCUACUCUCAGGAAAUACUUUAGGUGUUCUUGAAAAUUCAGGGAAAGGAGAAGGACUUGGUUUUACAUGCUGGUUAAUUACAUGUGAGUAAAACAAAUCAGUUUUAAUGUAAGUUUCUCAACACUUGCUUUGUCUCUGCCAACUUGUCAAACUGAACUGUGGUGUUCAAGGCAUGAUGAAAUAACACCUCUAGAUUGUUAAGCUCAUGAUGGACAUCUUUCUGUCUUUGUCAUCUCCUGUCCUGGCAGGGUGCAUGCUGUGUUUCGGUCAGUCUGCUUUUUUCCGCUUCAACCAUCCAGAAGAGGCCCUGCGGAUGAAGAGCAUGCUGCCUGGAGGGAGUCAAGGACUGAGCAACACAAAAAAUCAUCCUGUUGGUAAAGACCAUGCAGCAUCAAAUUUACUUUUGAACACUUUCUGUGAUCCAGUUACAGUAACAAAAAGGCAAACAUGUUAAAUCUAUAAUUAAUAUAAGUCAUCUAGAACACGGUGAAAGAAGGUUUCACAGUUUCCGCCUGCUGUUCUUGGCUCAGUAGAUGCUUUGGGAGGACACAGUUGGAGCUCCUUAACUUUUGUUGAAAUUAAACUAAAAAUUUGUCAUCUUUUGCGAUGAAUUAAGAGGCUCUUGCCUGUGGGUGGGAAGGAUGAUAUAUUAUGAUUGAACAAGUUGUCCACUUUGUUUUCUCUGUAAGAUAUUAACAGAUGUUACUCAAAUUGUUACUGAGAAGACAUUCACUAAAAACAAAUGACAACUAAUGAUUGUGUGACUGUUUUUAAAGUGAAACUUUUCUAAAUAGUUAUUUUUGUGUCUUUUAUUUUGGUUUCUAAAACACAACUGGCGUGGAAGUGUUACUCAAAUAUUGGUCAUCGUCCUUGUCAGGCGGCAAAAAUAACUUGCUCUGGACUAAUUAUCUUUGGCCUACAUUGUGAUCUAGUUCAUUAAAAUCUGUGUUCUUCAGUUCAAGGUGUGACCCCGUUUUGACGCGGGCCGUUGUAAUCUCUCUUUUUACUGCUGAUGAUGUUAUAUAAUUCUCACUGGUCGCUUGCUGGGGUUGAUAUUUAGAAUCCAUUCUCCUCUGACCUUAUGAGUUUGACUACAGUAAGAGCCACCACACCCAGCCGGUGUGUGUACGGCCCACUCUUUCCUGACCAGCCCUGAUUUCAUCAGCUCUGAAUGAGCUACACGGCUGCAGCUUUUAUAUUUAGCAGCCCCAGAUCCCUGCAGGAUUAUGACACAACUGAGGAGCACUAACAUCCCAACUGCUGGGUUUGGUUCAUACAUGUGGGUUCUGAGACGUUCAUCACUAUUUAAAGUGGGCCACUGAGACUCAGUGAGUUAGUAUGUGCAACAACAUGUGGAGGCAUGUGUGUUUUCCCUCCUACAGGCCCCCUGCUGUGUGCUGCAGCCCUGACCUGAGGUGAGGGGGGUGUCAGUAGGACAAAGAUGACACAGGACUGACAAAUCCCUCACACAGUGUUUGUUUAUGUGUGUUUUUGCAACUGUCCUCUCAAGUGUCCUCUUCUGUUCUGUUCAUGCACAAAUGUCUCUGCUCUUUUUUAGACUCCCACAAUGUCUUGAAUGGGAACCACCAGUUUCCUACAAGCAAUGGUGACUCCAAAGUCAACAACAUUGCAAAGAACCUGCAGGACUCUUUGGUGAUGAAGGUUCCAGGAUCAAAACUGCCGAUUCGUCAGAACUCUCCUCCGAAUAUGCUCAAUGGGAGACACGGCUCUACGACAGAGGACUCUAGCGGCUUUCGUGGUCACAACCUGGGCAACAAAACCCCGCCAGUGCCUUCCAGGUCCCCUCAUACCAACCACACUCCUGUACCCCAUCCUCGGAGCUCACUCUCUGUUGCCCCAAGCAGUGCCAGUGGUGGUUUGAGGGCCCAGGAGAGCCCAAAGCUUCUGAGGAAUGUAAGAGAAGCCUCAUCAAGUCCCACACCAGCCAGCAGGGGGUCAGGACAGGGCACAGAAAACUCUAAGAGACCAAGCCCGGUUAAAUUGUCCCCUACAGCUCCAUCAAGUCCUCGUGUCAAAGGUUCCUCCCUCCAGAAGAGAUCCCCCAGCCCCAUGAGAGAUCUUGCUCAUGUAGAUGUCCCUCAAAGGAUCAGGACUCCUGAGCCAACCGCUGCUAACAGCCUGAGAAAUCUUCCUCCUCACAGCCCUUACACAUCCCGCAGAGGGACUCCAGGAUCGCAGGGCUCAGCUUUUGUCCCUGAUAGCCCUCAGGGCCACCGCAAACUGACUGCUUCCAAAGCAGAAGCCAUGAGGGCCAUGUACGCCCAGAGUCCAACAGCGCUCUCUGGGCUGGAGAAAGAGCCUGGAGGAAAACAGUUAAGACCUGGUCCAGGGGGAGCCAUCAUGUCAGGCCUGAAUUCAUCUCCUUUUUCUAGUCCUGGAAGCCAAAGAAAAAACCCCUGUGCAGCAGGGUCCUCCAGUCGGGACAUUGUUAAACCUCGUACCCGGGAACGCAAAAACAGCAUCUCUGAGAUCAGUGACAAUGAGGACGAGCUGCUGGAGUACCACCGCUGGCAGAGAGAGGAGAGGCUGCGGGAACAAGAGAUGGAGAAACUGGUGAGUGAUCAUGUCUCAUAUAUGACUUAUGUAACCGAAUCUGGAUCCUUGUGUGAUCUUCACUGAGAGACUUAGCCCUUUAAUGCCUUAAACCACAAAUUAUGGCCAGAAAAUUAAAUUGUUUUGGAGCUGAAAUGUUUUUUUUCACGUACUUAUGAAAACCAAAAAAAAUCAAAAUGUCCUUAAAAUUUAACAAAUAUGUAUAUUUAUCUUGUUCGAUACAUUAGAUGUUUUUGGAAACUGAUAAACCACAAGAGGACAUUUUUAUCACUUAUCGGACUGUAUUCAGGUGUUUUUUUUUAGUAAUUUGUUGAUCAUGUUAAUUUGAAAGAAGUAUCAUGAAAGUAUGUAUCAAAUAUGAUACAAAAGGCUUUAAAGGGUUAAUGAAGAAAACAUUCCCAGCUCAGGUUUGUCCUUAAUGGAUGUUUGUACACAUUUUUAACUUGUAGCUCUGGAAUUUGUAUAGACUGAACCUGCAGAAACAGACUUUUUUUUUUUUUUUUUACCAAAUUAGGAGAAAAACUUUAAAACAAGCUGACAGGUCCAGAGCCACACCUGCAUUUUGUGCAAACUGUUAUAAUCUUUUUUAAUGUUUUGUACAACCAACUGACAGAAAGAAACAAUAACACUCAUGUCGAGCUCUUAUGUUCCCUGUUCUCAACGGAGGGAAGAGAAAUAUCUGUGAGCAAACUUCGCAAAACAUGUGGAUAUGUUCACCAGUUAGUGAUGAUAAUAAUAAUAAUAAUAAUAAUAAUAAUAAUAAUAAUAAUAAUAAUAAUAAUAAAACUUUUAACUAAUUUUUAUAGCACUUUUAAAAACAGAACUUUGCAAAGUGCUUUGACAAAGAGUCAUAGAACACCUGGAAAAAGACAAAUAAAAACAAAAUGCUCUGUUGUGAUGGAACAGUGGGAGACACAGCUGGUUUGGCUUUGUCUACAAGAAAAAAAGAAGAGAUUUUUAUUGGCUGUUAUUAACAGAUAAAUCUCAUUGUAGAAUCCAGGAGUCACAGUGUACAAAUGAUAGAUUUUUUAGCAGGUUUUUAUUUAUUUGUUUAUUUUAUGUGGUUGAAAUUGUUUGGGUAUUGAGUUGUGGGCUAGUCUUGUUGGUUUUUUUUUUCCAUCAGCACAAAAAAUGUAAGAAGAAAAGUACACCAGGGUCAACAACUCUCCUGAUUUUAAAGGACAUAAAAUUACUAAAGUGUAGAGGGUGCUGAGACCUCUGGCACUGUAGACACCGUGUCUGCAUUCAGAUAUCUUGUCUAAAUCUCCUGGCGCACAGCCACCAUCUCAUCUCUCCAGAGCAUUACUGGCAUCGCCGGCCCGUGUGGCCUUGAGUAACGCGGGCUGAACAUUCUUCCACGUGUCUUAAGGUCCAGAGUGGAGGGUGCGGCUGCUCAACACUAUAUUUAUCAAAAGGACGAGCGGUUUUUACUUUCUUUGCUGGUCCUGCUUGACUGAAGCUUCCUUCUUAUCCAGACCCACAGAGAUCAUACACUGCAUACUUGUUAUCCAUCCUCAGUCCACACCCACCAGCCCCCACCAUACCCCCCCGUUCUCCAGCCCCCACCCCACCGUGUUUCUAACAGCUGAACAGACCAAGAGAGGGGGAGAGGAGGGGGGUAAUUCCUGGUCCUCCAUGUCCACAGACUAUUUCAGGAACCAAAAGGUUUCUUGUAACAAAUAAGAGAGUUACCGACAGCAUGUGUUCGAGCUGGACUGACGGGAGCUGAUACAGUCUGAGUUGAGUCAUCCAGCAUGUGCAGACAGUGUAAGCAAACACAUAAACAGAAUAUGAACAAAGAACAAACAUUUUCUUUGGCUAAGGAUCUGUGGAGGAGUGUUUCUGUUUGUAAAUCAUAUCUGGAAUUUCCUCUGUCAUCUAUAGAAAAGUAUGAUAGCAAACAGCUCCACAUGGAAAUGCUAUUAUGUCAAAAUAACCCAGCCUUGUAGUCAAACCUACACAAACAUACAAUUAUCCAGAUGGAUGGAGGAAAACUGAGAUUUGUAUAGCUUUGGCUGAACUUUCAAAGUUUUCAGUGAUUAAUGGAUAUGCUGGUGGUACUUGACAAAAAUGUUAAAAAUAACAGUAAGGAUUAACACAUAAUUGUAGUAGAAUGAAGAUAUCCAAAAUGUUCAACAUAUAACCCCUGAGAGAGACAGGCUGAAUCUUCUCAUCUAACUCUUAGCUAGCUCUAAAAGAGACACUUUUAUAUGAUAAUCUUUGGACCUAUAGAUUGGAGACAAAGAGAGGAUUUCCCCUCCAUGAGCUGAAUGCUCUACACUUGGCACACUGCAGCACUUUAUCUCACUUAAAGUAAAGGGCAAAGCUACUGUAGGGCGGAAGAGAUAAUGGAAAAGUUCACUGUAGUUUUGGUUUCACUGGAAAGAGGCCAAACUACUGGCUGCAUUGAAGGGGUUUUGUUUUAUCAGAGGUAUUUUUGUGGGGGUUCAUGAAGGAAAACCUUUUGUUUUUCAAAUGCUACAACUUGAUUAUUUAUCUGGUAGAGAAACUUUUGUGAGAAAUUCUGUUCUGUGUGCAAAGUUAAGCGAGAAUGGUAUGUUUAAGUAUUUCAGACGUUAGCAGGAGAGUGAAUUAGUAUGAUCAUAAUCCUUUAAUGCCCUUUGUAUCAUAUUUGAUACAUACUUUUAUGAUACUUCUAUCAAAACAAUAUGAUCAACAAAUUACUAAAAAAACAAACAAACAAAAAAAAAACCCACCUGAAUAUGGUCUGAUAAAUGAUAAAAAUGUCCUCUUCUGGUUUGUCAGUUUCCAAAAACAUAAAAUGUAUCAAAUGCGAUAAAUAAACAAAUUUUAAGGACAUUUUGAUUUUUUUGGUGUUCACUAGGGAAUGAAAUAAACAUUUCAGCUCCAAAAAAAUUGAAUUUUCUGGCCAUUAUUUGUGGUUUCAGGCAUUAAAGGGCUAAAAAUUAUCCUUCAUUUGAAUUAUUUACAAAUAUCUGUUUCAUCAUUACGCCUUUAUUUUACUCUGCAUGCCCAUCAGUUCACCAAUCGGUUUAAAGAGGUAGUAUUGUGCUUUUUUCAUAUUUAGAAAACAAAUGUUAAGUUAAAAUCAGUCAGUUCUACACAUAAGCAAAAUUCCAGAUUGCAGGUAAAAGUGUGCGAUCCCUGAUGGAACUACAGGGUGCUCUAAAUGGCCUGUUCAAAAAGUCACACGAGAAUUCAGCGAGAUCUAUAUGAGAUUUGCUCAAAUCGUGACAGCAUCAGACAGUGAAUCUCCUUAAAAAGACAAAUUUGUAAUUUUAUGAUAAUAAAACAAAACUUUGGGGUUGACAUUAGGGUUUUUAAAGACAGCAGCCUGAAGUAUGUUGAGAGUUUGUUGAACUGUAAAUCAUGUAAAUCAUGCUGAGAAGCUUUUAGAGGAACGAUAUUAAGACGGAAGUAUCAGGAUCAUACUUCCUCUUUAAUGUAGAGUAAUUUUUGUUACCAUCUCUGUUGUAUUUUACAGCAUGAAUGUAACAAAAAAAAAUUACACACUGUCUCAGACGUAAAUUUUACAGUACAAGCCGAUGACAGAGUUGGUUCGGUUAUUUUAACAGGCUGAGUAAAUUGAAUACCAGACAGCAGCAAGUGAGUGAGUGGUUCUGGAAAGAGCUCUGCAGCACAUUCGUGAGGCGCAAUUGUUUCUCGUCUUGCCAGAUUUCUACUUACUGUCACACAUUAUUCAUGGUUAUUUUUGGAUGAUGAAAGCAGAAAGUCCAUUAUUUCGAUUAACUGGAAAGACUUUCUGGCCACAAGCUGGAGUCAUCUGGCACUUAACCCAAGAAUUACACGACACAAUGAAGGAAAGUUAAAGAAUGAGGAUCUUGUAAAAGAGACGAAUCAAACCACGCCUUAUUAAAAAGUUUGCACAAACAGCUCUCGAGCUGAUAAAUUUUACUAUGAGCCCCCUCAUGAGAGACAAACUACAUCAGCUCCUCUCCUGCUAUCAGGUUACACUCGUCCCGUGACAGUAUGUGAGGGACAGCUGCCUAAAUGGGACAAUGUCAGUCAAGGACACAUGAAGCCAAUCUGCAAUAUGAUCCUUAAUACACGACAGCAUGCUUUUGUCUCCUGUAUGUCUCCUCUAUAGGAGCGACAGAGGCUGGAGACCAUCCUGAACCUGUGUGCGGAGUAUAACCACGGGGACAGUGCUACAGAGCUGGCAGAGGUGGUAAGGAGUGGGCUGCUGGGAGGAACCUCCUCAGAAACAGCAGGGGAGAUGUUGCUUCAGGAAUUAGACGGACCCCAGAGAGAGAACGACGAGGAAACACAGAGAGAGGAGUCCAGCAGCACAGAGAGUGCACACCAAGAGGUAACACAUACAGUUUUGUAAGAAGAUUAUUUUUUGGGAACAAGUUUUUUAUAUAUAUUUAAAAUUUUCUCCAGUGUGAAGAGAUGUUCGCCGGUCAGGAGCAGACCUACCUGGAGGAGGAGAGAAACCGGAUUUUGGGCCGGGUUGAUGAUUUAAAGCAGCGAGUCAGUGAACUGGAGCAGCAGCUACAAGAGACCAAACAGGAGGUAGAAGCUCAUCCCAUCUUUGAGUAUUUAUUUAGCUGGAGAGUGCCUUGUGGUUUGCAAACCCUGACCCCUUUAUUUGUCUGUAGGUGGAGAUGGAGCAGGCCCUGCUGCACGCAGAGAAACAGGCAGAACAGGAGCAGGUGGACGCUGAAAAUGAAAUCAUCUCUCAGCUGCAGCUCAAACUGAGCCAGCUGGACAAGGCCACCCAGAAAGAGAAGGACAAGGUGGGCAGCCGGCCUGGGACAAAACUAUGUGAUACUGUAAAUGCUGUCAGUCUGCUGCCUUUGCACGUGUUGGAUGUUUUCCUAAACAUCUGUGUAUGAAUAUGUGAAAACUCCCUCCCUCCUGAAUGUGCAACAUUGUUGACAUGUGUACACUCUUUUUAAAGAAGACCUGAACUGACCUGCACUGCUUAUUUAUUGACUCUCUGUCCUAAAACACAAAACACAACUGUCUCCUCUUUCAGGUUCCCAAAAGCCUCUUGGGUUUAAAAAUGUGUGUUAGGCUUUAAGCUGGGUGUGACGUGCAAUGAAAUGUUGAGUCAGUCAUUCAUGUAACUCACAAUUUUCUCAGUUUUUAACCUGACUAAUUACUCAAAGCUCUGUAACCCCUAACCCUCUUCAUGACCUUUCCUCAGCUUCAGUCCUUUAAUUCUCUAACUGUUCUGGUCUGAUGACUUUAAAGCUUGGCUGCAUGGAUUUUGAGUUGUCUGUGAAUUUUUUUUUUGUUCUCCCUCCAUUGGUGUGUAUGUUUGUGUGACUGUGGACAAACUUGCGUGGAUGUGUGUGUGUCUGUGUGUUUUUAGGGGAGGGCUAAUGUGUCGGCUGAGCGGAAGGCCCUGGAAAAGCAGAGGAAUGAGUACAAUGAGCUGAAGAGGCAGUUUGAUAAGUGCCCCUUGUCUCAAAGGGAACAGUUACAGGAGCAGCUCAGCAGGGUCAGUGUUCUCACGCAGCCCACAGGCUGGCAACAGUGAGUUAUAAUAUACCAGAUACCACCGUGCUGUAUGAUCUGCACAGAAGGCCACAGAUGUAACACUGACUCUGUUUAGAAGCACUCAGAGCAACUCUUAAUUCUGCAGACUGUGCAUUUCCUCUUUUUCUGCUCUUGCUCUUUAUCAUCUCAUCACAUAAGAACCAUCACAUAGGUGCCAUCUGUUAGCUUGACGACGCUUCUGCAGCUUUUUCAGACUGCUGCUUUUCCCCUGCAGUUCCAUUUUUUUCUGGAUGCAAUUUGUAGAAACUAAUCUCAUUAACAGCUUUGCUCUAAAAGUCAGCAUGCCUUUUACAAUUCAUGAUUCAAGUCACAUUUGACACACCUAGACCUUUUUGGGCAGAUCAUUGUUAGAUUUGAGCUUCUUUAUCAGGGACAUUAUUGGAAAAUGUCUGUUUCUGUCUUGCAAACAUGUCCCAUGAAAACAACCAAAACAAACAGGGCAUCAGUCGGUCUCUAAACAUGGCUACACCAGAACGUUUUGACCUUUUAUACAGGCUAGAAGUCUUAACGGAAAAUCAGAGUACCCUUGUCUUAACCCUCCUCCUGUGUUAGGGUCUGUCUGAAGAACCACUUUAAUUAGUGUAUUUGCAUCAAGACUUUUUGACUUUGUCAGGAACCUCUAUUUGAGUGACGACAAAAAACAUGUAAAUUGACUAAAUUAAAAAAUGCUCUCAUUAAAAUUAUGGCACUUGCCAUGUUAGGGUUGCUGUUGACCCGGUUAGAUCAAUAUCUAAUAAUUAGAGCAAAAACUGAAAUCUUAAGUGCACUGCCAGGCACCACACUGACAGUCAGAUCCUCUUCCAAUCAUGUGAGAUUUAGGAAAUUCUAAUUUUUUCAUGUUUUUCUCUGCACAAAAAACAACGUUGGGCAUGUCCUGACAUGUCCUGACAUGUGAGAUCAAAUCAGUAUAGAUGUCUGUAUGAGGGGUAUACUGACAAAGAACACAACAAAAACUAUUACAAGCAAUAUUGUCAUGGAUAAUGAAGCCUAACAAGGUAACCUAGAGAUGAGAACCAAAUUGGAUGAUAGAGAAUUUUUUUAGUGUAAUUUGCAGCUGAUUUAAGACACGAGUCAAAACCGACCCUUAACAUGGUGGGUGCGUAGUAAAGUUAAUACAGGAGGAGGAUUAAGCACAUGCUCCUCAUACAGGAGAAAACAGUGCAUAUGUUCUGUACUAUUUCUGAAAGCUGAUGAUAGGGAAAUACUAUCAAGCUUAAGAGAGUUAAUCGUUUUAAGUUCUGGUCUUUUCUUGGGAUUCUGUUGACAGUUAGAAAACAAUGAAAUAUUCAUUCUUCUUUUGUCGCUGUUUGAAUGACGCAUCUGUCUAUCUGGAUGUAGAAAGCUGAAGCUCUGGAAUCUGGGACCAAACAGUUUGAGGAGCUGGAGUUUUGCCAGCUGGAAGCAGAGAGCAGUCUGGAGGAGAAGAAAGAGACUCAGAGCUCACAGCUUCUCCAGGAGAGAGCUGAGUACCACUGCAGCGUAGCAAAAAGAAAGGUGAGUGCACAGGUGAUGCAAAAUGCAUCAUUUUGGGUCAAUUCUGGUCAUCGAUAUGAGACUGUAUGGCUUGAAGAAAUUAGACUUGUUUAUUUGCAGGAGAAGAUGGGUGCCCUAGAAGCUCAGGUAAUGCAGCUGGGGUUACAAGCAGCUCAAGACUGUGACAGGAUGGCAAAAGACAGAGCAGUGACUCUACAGCUGUUAUACAAGGUUAGCACACCAACACAGUGAAUGAACAUAGCAUUAAAGGGAUAUUCCGGCAUAAAAUUAAUUUAGGGUCAAACACACUGUAACACCAAGUUGGUCUGUUGGUCUGAGGGGCAAAGCAAAAAAGAUAUUUGGUGGCUAGUACUAUGGCUGGGACCCUAUAUGCACUGUUGAUGAAGUUAGGUGCUGUUCUGAGUAUUAUUUGUGGCUAUAGAGUGGCGUUUUGGUUGAGGUUUGUUUAUGGCUCCUCAGACCACUGUGUAUUGCUAUCGUGCGGUCGUUACUCAAGUUGGUAUAACUAGAGAAGCAAGCGGUUGGCAACAUUCAUCUCUCGAGGGGGUGUCUAACUCAGUGUUACGGUGUGUUUGACCCUAAAUUAUUUUAAGCCGGAAUAUCCCUUUAAUUGUUAAUUCAACUAAUCAUGAAACUACAGCAAUGAUAUCCAUGCUGGCUAAACUUUUCAGGAGCAAGACAGGCUGAGUGCCCUGGAGAAGAGGUACCAUACCUUGACAGGAGGGAAAAGCUUCCCUAAACACAACAGUAACAUGAAAGAGGUGAGCAGGAUCAUGUGAUACGUGACGCCACAACUGUCUGUGGUUACUGAGUUGAGAAAGGCUUGCUGCUUUUUUGAGACUGAGAUGAAAUUUUCAAACAGGAGUUGCUUCACAUCAGUGAGCCUGACCUUGCUUUUGUGGAUGGUAGCCCCUGUCCUUCCUCUGCCUCCUUCUCCUCCUCUCACAUCCCCUCCCCUGAACUCUGUCCUGUUAGACCACAAGAGGUAAACUCCAACAAAAUGCUUCCUUGAACAAAGCUUCAGAAAAAAAUACUAACUUGUAUGCUGUAGUGUUUGCUUUUCUCUUUGUUUUUUUGUUUUAUUUUAUUUUAUUUUGUUGGCAAGUAUAUUGUCCAGAUUUUGUGGUCUACUCUCUCUAACUGAAGUACACAGCAGCAUUUUUCUCAAGAGGAAGCUCAAAUGCUCUAAAAAUGUCAAACCGCUCAAAUCCAUGUUUUGAAGUCGUGGAGACAGGGGAUACAAGAAUAAUGACCGAUUUACCGUUUUACUGAUUCUUAAAGGUUUCUGAACAAAGUAUAAUUAAAUUGUACUUUGCAUGGUGAGCAAUAAAUUUAGGUUGCCACCGACGAUCAAAGAGCUUCGGCUGCUGAUAGUGGAUAAAGGUGAAGCCAGUCAGCAAGCACAAAAAAAAAAACUGGAGUUCUUCAAAGUACCAAGAACCAAGAACUCUUCUUAUUGAAAUGCCUAUUUUUAAAGUGGGGUUUGACAUGCUUAGGGUUGGGGGGGGGGGUUUCUAAACUCAUCUUUUUUAGAUUGCUAAAAAAAUCGUAGAUCUAUGUAUGAUCAGGCAUGAUUUGUGGCGUAGCCUGUUUGACUGACAGGUGGGCGUGUUUUAGCAGUUGCAGGCUGUUAAGCCAUGGCCUCAACUUGACUGGAGUCAGCAUUUCCAAUAUGACAAGUACCAUCUAGAAGAACUAGGACUAGGCUCCUGCAAAUUGAUGGACCCCCGCCCAGGGUAAAGUAAAGCACAGCUGUGUUAUAAAAACAGCAAACCUCUGAUCUAUAUUCCUUUCAGAGUUUAGAUUUUUUUCCCUAAAAGACACAAAAGUUCAAGAUCUAUUUAUAUGAUAUCAUCAUUUUUUAAAUAAGCAGACCAAUCAUCAAAAUAUGUCAUUUGUACCAACUAAACAAUGUCAUUUCAUCAUAAAAGCAGGUUAUUUGAUUUUUCACUUUAUUCUCUGCAGCCACCACCCUCUAACAGGGAACCAGUGCACAGGUCUCUUCAGGGAGAUCUGUGUAAAGGGGCCCUGUUACUGUGAAUGUACUGUACAUGUAUGCGAAGAAAAGGACACAGAUAAGACAAAAAGAUUAAUUCAGUAGCCAUUGUCAUGUAAAUUAAUAGAAGAUCAGUUAUUGCUAGUUUUGAUAUUUACCAUUGAACUCUCUGCAUGAAUCUACGUCUUCUUGGUUUGUACAGGCGAUGCAGCUCAUUGUAAUCGGUCAUUUCUAUGAAAAACUACCUACUCCAGCAGAUACACUGGAUGAAAUUAUAAUAUUUUCAUAGCACUGUAAUAGGAUAAAGUGGAGCCAGCACUUUGAAAUGGCUCUUAUGAUAGGGCUCUGUUAGUGUAAAUGAGUAACACAUACAAACAUUAGCUCAAGACAAAAACAAUGAAACAGUAAAGAUGAUUUAUUAGACUUUCUUAAUGAUCUUAUUUGAACUCUUUAAACACCAUUAAAAUAUUUCCUGAAAAAAUCAUGUCAAAGGAUGAGCCAAAAUUACUGAGAGUAUUUUCCAAACACAACAUAAGAGUAUUUGAGCUUCCUUAGUGUGACUGCCUAUUCACUUCAAAAACAGAGGGUUAGCCAGCUCCAUAAAUAUUAGCUCUGCAUGGCUUUUCUAAGCACUGAAUCGUCUUUCUUCUUGUUUCUGUGUUUGGCUGUCGGUGCAGGAGUACCUCAGGCUCUCUGAUGUCUAUAAGAUGUAUGGAAAUGCUGCUCUGCAACCUCACUCCUCUCCCUCUGCUGCUCUCCACUGCCUGUCCCUCACUGUAGCUCCAACGCUGCCAUGUGAGGUAGAAACUCUGCCUGCUCUCUCUGAUGUGUUUCUUUACUCUUUAAAUCCCUGAAAAUAUCUCAUAAUGUUUUUUUUCUUAAAGACACCCUUUCUUUCCUAAUCUGUUUUCUCUCUCUGUGUAUUUUGUGAACGUGUCUUGUUUUUGUGUUUGAAGGAUUACAUCACAGUUAGUCAGUUAAGUCAGAUCUUUGGGAUGCAGAGACUCGACCCCUCCUCUUCCUCCUCUACUCCAUCAUUCCAACUUGCUUCUUCUCAGUCUACCUUCUCAUGCCACUCUGCUGCAUGUGGUCCUCCCUCCUUUCUGUCUGCAAAGGUUAGUUCUGGGUCACCAGUUUUCUGGUUACACCACCACUACAGCUCAAUUUUUCUGUCAUGUUUAUCUUUUCUGUCUACUUGAUGCUUCUGGCACGUAUUUCUUCUCCUGUAUUGCUCCCCUCUCUUUGCCUGAAUGCUUUUUAUCACCUCAGAGCCAGCCUGAGCUGAGCAGAAAUGUAAUUCCUCCGCUUAACCUCGAGCGCUGGUACCAGGACAUCAUGGCUGCUGGAGAGCCUCAGUCAUGUCCUCCACCUCUGCCUGCAAAGACUUUUUCCACACGCAGACAGGGGCAGGUAUAAUCUUCGCUUUUACUUGCUCAAAUGCACUCUCAAAUACUCUCAAGCUUCUUGUGGUCUUCUUGCUUUCUACCCAAUCUACCUGCAACCACAUUUUUAUGACUAUGAGGUCCUCUAGUGGAGAAAAUAAAACAUUGUUACCACAGAUUUAUCAUGGAAAAACGGUACAAAAUGUUAAUACAAACUAUACCAAGCUGUUUGAACAAUUUUAAAACCGUCUGUCACAGAUAAAUGCUGAAUUAAGUCAUAUCUUUCUCUGUGGUAUUUGGCUUUUUCUCCAAGAUGAACUGUAAAAGAGGUCCAUCUUCUGUAUUUGGAACCACAUAUCAUCUCUCUCUCUCUCUCUCUUUUCCAUGAAUAAAAAAACACAUUGAACCAAUUAUUGUUCUCCUCUCAGCUAUUAAAGUCCAAGUCUGAUGGUGAAGUUGGACAGGCAGCAUUGUGCAGCGCUGCAGCUCUACCACAAUCCAGCGGUCCUGCUCAUGAGAGGAGUGCAUCAAGCAAAGUGAGCACAUCAGUUUAAAAGAUUAUAGUGGUUUUAGAAAACCUGCUAAGGAGUUGGAUGAAUUGUAUUUUACAUGUGUUUUUAGGGGCUGCAGUUGAUGCUGAGAGAGAUGUCAAACCCAUUAGAUAUGGAGUCAAGGAGGCAGUUUGUCAUGCAGAAUAAAGGUACGAAAAUCCCUCAAUACUCGAUCUGUUAGUCAUAACAAUAAGGGUUUCACUUCUUCAUCAGUGUGUUUCUUUAAAGGUGAUCAGAAAUUGCAAAUUUAAAAAAAAUCCAUUUUACUUUUCUAAAUAUUAUUAUUUAUUUGUUGUUGCCUGAUAGGAGUGCUUAAAGAAACAGGGAAUGACAUGCAUCAAAGCAUGUUAUUUUUUUUCCAAAGAAAAAUGUCAUAGCAUCAACUUUAACCAGAUGUAGACUCCUUUAUAUAAAUGUCUAUGUGUCUAUUUAUCUAUAUGAGUAUCUUAAAUAGACCAGAGCUUUAGAUGGGACUUCAUACGACACGACAAACUAAAAGUCCCUCAUAGUGGUUUCAAAUGUAUCAAUCAAUCAAUCAAUCAAACUUUAUUUAUAUAGCACCUUUCAUGCUUUUAAGCUGCAACACAAAGUGCUUUACAAAGAGGUAAAAACAAACAACGUUAAAAAAAGAAAAAACAAAACAAACAACAGUAAAUAUAGGGCACUUAAAUAGGCAUAAAACCCGUCCCUUCCCACCCACAGCAGCAUAUACAGGCAUGCACAGCAGCCCACCCCACACACACAUACACGCACACACGUAUCCACACACCCACACAGUAACUGUCAGUAAAAACAUGGCAAGGCACUGAUGAUUCUGGUAAGGAAAGACCACCUAUGGGAGCCGUCCACACCGAGAGGAGCCACAGCCCACCCCCACAGGGAGCACCGCCCCCGAGACCCCCCGACCCAGACAGCCCGUCUGGGCCUGGACGAUCCCAAGGACCGCGCCCCCCGGGGGCGGACCAGACAUACCUCCCAGUGUGGAGGGCCCCCACGAGGAAACUCUGGAGCUAAAAAGACUAGGGCAUAGAAGGAAUUAAAAUAAUAUUAAAAUAUCUUAAUGAUGUAAAAAUGUGAUAAAAGUAAAGGAUAAAAUAAACUAAAACCGAAUUAGAAUAAUGUUAGAAUAUCUAAGUGACAUAAAAAUGUGAUAAAAGUAAAGGAUAAAAUAAACUAAAACAGUUAAAUCAGCUAAAAGCCAAACUAAAAAGGUGGGUCUUGAGCCUCCUUUUAAAAACAUCAACAGUCUCUGCGGUCCUGAUGUUCUCUGGCAGGCUGUUCCAUAACUUUGGGCCAUAAUGGCUGAAGGCAGCCUCUCCGUGAGUUUUGGUUUUUGUAUGAGGAACAACUAAAAGGCCGGCGCCAGAGGACCUCAGGGUACGCGAGGGUUGAUAAGAUAAAAGCAGUUCAGAUAAAUAAGAUGGGCCAAGACCAUUAAGACACUUAAAAACUACUAAAAGAACCUUGAAAUCGAUCCUGAAACACACGGGGAGCCAGUGCAGGGAUUUUAAAACCGGUGUAAUGUGCUCCCGCCCUCUGGUCCUCGUCAGCACACGUGCUGCAGAAUUUUGUAGCAGUUGUAACAUGUGGGUGGUCUUUUUGGGAAGACCAGAGAGCAGGGCAUUACAGUAAUCUAAACGACUAGAAAUAAAAGCAUGCAUCAGCACCUCCGUGUUGGCCUGAGAGAGAAACGGGCGGACUCUGGCUAUAUUCUUAAGAUGGUAAAAACCUAUCUUUGUUAUGUUCUUGAUAUGUGUAAUAAAAUUCAGCUCAGAGUCAAAAAUUACGCCCAGAUUCUUAACAGAUUGAGCAGGUUUAAAAUCUUGUAGUUUUGGUAAAAGUUUCUCUCUCUUGCCUUCAGGACCAAUAAUUAAAACUUCUGUUUUGUCCUGGUUGAGCUGUAGGAAAUUCUCUGCCAUCCAUGACUUGAUAUCUAAAAUGCAGUUAAAAAGGGCAUCAAUAGGCCCUGUGUCCUCAGGAGACACGGCAAUGUACAACUGUGUAUCGUCAGCGUAACUAUGGAAGCUGAUGCCGUGUCUCCUGAUGACGUCCCCAGGGGGAAGCAUAUAGAGAUUAAAAAGUAUUGGACCUAAAAUUGACCCUUGGGGCACCCCACACUUAAUUUCAUGAGUUUUUGAGGAACAGGUAUCCAUACUUACAAAGAAGGAUCGUUCCGAGAGAUAAGAAAUGAACCAGUUAAAAACAGUCCCAGAGAGGCCCACCAGGUGCCUGAGUCUGCUUAAUAAAAUCUGGUGAUCUACUGUGUCAAAGGCAGCGCUUAGAUCCAGUAGUACCAGAACUGUGAGUUUCUGUUUAUCGGCAUUACACCUGAUAUCAUUUAAAAUCUUUAAAAGGGCUGUCUCGGUACUGUGGUUCAUCCUAAAACCGGAUUGAUACUUCUCUAAGAUAUUAUUACUUUUUAAGAAAUAAUUUACUUGGUUAAAAACCAGUCUUUCUAAGAUUUUACUUAAAAACGGUAAGUUGGAUAUGGGUCGAUAAUUAUUAAAAACAUCAGUAUCCAAAUUUCUCUUCUUCAGAAGGGGCCUCACCACCGCCGUUUUAAAGGCAGUGGGGAAGACCCCUGUCUGAAGAGAGCAAUUUACUAUGGUUAAAAUCUGUUCCUCAAAAAAUUCGUAAAAUGUUUUUAAAAAUGAUGUGGGAAUCGGAUCUAAAAGGCAGGUAGUUGGGUUUGCUUGGGAGAAAACUCGACCAAGUGUCCUUGCGUCAACCAGGGCAAAACUCUCCAGUGUUUCCUCAGGUAAAAUCAGCUGUUCAGAUGUGUUGGAAAUCACAUUCUGAUGAGUUAAAAGACUGGAUCUAAUAUCAUCAAUUUUGCUCCCGAAGUGGUCUGCAAAGUCCUCACAGAGGGCGUCUGUGGGGGUCUUAAAAGAUUUUUUAAAAUGGGAGUUUGUUAAGAGGUCGAUGGUGGAAAAGAGGAAUUUGGAAUUGUUUUUAUGGUCUGUGAUGAGUUUUGAGAAGUGGGCUGUUCUUGCCUUUUUUACUGCAUUGUUGUAUUUUUUGAGUGAGUCCUGUAGUAUUUCGAGGUGAACUGUUAAUUUGGUUUUUCUCCAUUUGCGUUCGGCACUCCUGCAUUUUCUCUUUGUGUUUCUGAUUUCGUUGUUUUUUCUCCAUGGGGGUAAGGGUUUUGUUUUAAUAGUUUUAAUUACGGGUGGAGCCACUGUGUCCAAUGUGGUUUUUAAUGUUCUGUUAAAAUGGUCCACAAUAAAAUCGCAUGGUGCAGGUAAAAUUGCGGCAGGAGUGCUCUGUAAAAUCCCAAUAAAAUUUGCAGCCACUUCGGGGGUUAGGUAGCGUUUCCUCACCGUUCUCACCGGGGCCUCCUGAUGGUUAAAAAAUGUAAUGUUUUGUUUAGUUUUAACAUCCAUGUGGUGAAAUAUUCAGCCAUAAUCUCUACUUCAUCUACAAUGCAGCACCAUUGACUCAGCAAUUCAAAAGAAAAAUACUUAAAAAAAUGUGCAAAGUAUCAACAUCAUUGUAUGACUCGCCGUAUUGUAUGAACUUUUUGAGGGUUUCGUUUUAUUUUGGUCUUAUUUUCCAGCCCUCUGGCUACAUCAUUUUAUUUUUUAUCAGAGUUGUUCUAAUCUUACUCAAAAUUUUUGCUUCACACAAACAGGAGAUUUGAAUGUGUUAAAAUUUCCUGUUCCAUCCCUGAUCAUGUUUCCUUUUGAACAAUUUCUCCAAUUUUGAUUCUCCUCUGUAGCUUUAGAUUAACCAGGUUACUGUUGAACUUUAAGGGGUAGUGUGUCAGGACUGCUCUGUUUAAUGUGAUAGUGUCUAACUCCAAGGACAGACUUGUAACUGUCAGUAGAGGGCGCUGUGAGUCUGUGACAUCUGUCUCUGUAUCCUCUCUCCCUGCACAGAUCUGUCUCCCACAGUCCAUCACUCCAUCCUGCACCAUCAGACGCCACCUAGCGGUAACCAGGCAUAUGACACCCUGAGCCUGGAGAGCUCAGACAGCAUGGAGACCAGCGUCUCCACCGGCAACAACUCCGCCUGUACCCCAGAAAGGUGAGAGACUGGGAAAUGAGCAUUUGGCUCUGUUUCCAUGGGAACACUCAAAUCUGCCCCGUCUCCCAGGAGAAGGGUCACUGGGCUUUGUUCCCGUGACAACAUGUUUUGUUACAUGUCUAGUACACUGGCUGUUGCCAUGCCAACUGUUUUAAGUUUUCAGUGUAUCAGUAAGUUCAAAGCUUCAGUGAGAGCGGGUUUUUUUGUUUUUGUCUGCGUCUCCUCCUGCUGUCAGUGUUUGGUUUCCAGGCAUGUGUGUUUACUGUUGUCGUAGCCGUGUCAUCACACACUCCUCUCCCUCUGUGUGUUGUAGUGCCUGUGGGCUGGAGGCCCAGAGGAUAGAGGAGAUGGAGAAGAUGCUGAAAGAGGCACAGCAGGAGAAAGCCCGGCUGAUAGAGAACAGAGUGAGUGUUUGACUGAGUAGAGGGUGGACGUCUUACACACUACACUUGAUACACCACACUUCAUGCCCCUUAAAUUCUGUUCAGGUUUUAGUAGAGCUGCUGCUGUGAUUUCAUAAGAAACAAAUUAGUUCCUUUUCUUAUAAUUCAUCCAAAAUAUAUACAAUAAAAUAGUUUCAUCUUUCAUACAUAUACAAGGAAAAUACAAGGGGUAAGAUUACUUCUUGAAAAUAAUAUUACUUCCACAAUAUUGUUGUUUCAAAUGCUUAUUUAAAGCAAAGAAAAUUGAUUAACAGACGUAGAGUCAGCAUACACUGGUUAAAGUGAAGGAGACAGACUUAACUGGCUGCUAAAAUAAAAAGUUUUUCUUUUUUAAUUGAACGUUUUGUUGCCAGAGUUAGGAUCAUGUGAAAGAUUUUUUUUUUUUUUUGAGGGGUAUCAUCUAUCAGGAGAAAAAAAAAUGUUUAAUGGCAACAUCAUAUCAUCAUAACAUCACCAAACAUGUUGCCUCUUUUGAGAGUUAUUGCACUAACUUUGAGUUAUCACAGGGGUCUCGGGUUUCUUUUGUUUAAAAGAAAAAAAAAAAAAAACACACAUAGUGAACCUUUCACAGAGUGAAAUGAAGUAAUCAGUACGUUGUUUACCUUUGUAUUAUUUCUACAUGUUGAAAUAAAGGAGACCAGAAUGUAAGUGUCUGAAAGCUGCAAAGGAUCAUUUUACAUCAGCAAAGCUAACUCUUCUAUACUCAGACUGAAAGGAUAUAUUUUACAAAACCCUGGAUUGGGACUUGAAAUCUCUGGUGCCUCUUCUGACACUCACUCACUUUGUAUUGCAAUAUUUGCCUACCAUUUACAUAUUGUCCCCGUCUCCCUUUACCCCCCUGUUAUUUUCCCCCUUUCUCUUCUACCCAUCUGCGCCUCUGUCUCCUCUCCCCGACGCUCCCAGGAGAGGGAGGUGCAGGCUCGGCGACACAUGUUGGAGGAGGAGCGGAGGAGGCGAGAGGAGGCCGAGAGGAGGCUUCUGGAUGAAACGGCCCACAGGCAGAGGCUGGUGGAGGAGGAGGUGAAGAUGAGAGAGAAGCACUUCUCUCAGGUCAGUGGAGCAGCAGGGGCAGACAGGUGGUGGAGAGAAGAGAGAGGAUGGGAGAGAGGAGGGGAUGUUAGACUUGGGGGAGAGGAUGAGAGAGGAGGCACUAAAGAGAGGCUGGGUGUGUAGAAAGAUCAAAGAUUUUUAGGGAGGGAGCGAAAGAGGAGAGAUUGGCAAAGAGGGUGGAGAGUUUAAGAGGAUGAACAGAGAGAAAAAUGAAUAGGAGGGUGCAGAAAAUCAUAAUGUAUACAGAAUUAAAGCUUUAAUCUGGACUGAUUAUAUUCAAUUAUCAGUUACCGGAGGCAUCAGUAAUGUGGGUUAAAUAUUCCUUCAGUGUGAAAAACAGACACACUUCAUCCCACUUACUGCACACCAUGUACACUGAGCUUUUAUUUUCAGUAAGUGAUAUCAAUAAAGCUUUAAUGUGUGGUAAGAGACAAAGAAAAUGUGACCGAUACUAUGAUACUUAUAACCCAAGGUUUAUUCUGUGGAUCCAAACACUAGCUAUAAAUUACAGAACCAUUGGCAGGCAGAAUUGAAUUAGCAACUAAAGAGUCAGAUAUUACCUUUGAGAGUUAAAUAAGACCAGAAAAGAGCAAAAACAGGUCCCACAUUAAACUGGUGACAGAAUGAAAAAUAUUAAAAUGCUCAAGCUUUUGUUGCUUUAUAUUCAAAGUACCAUGUUAAUGUUUAUAGGCCAGAUAAUCAGGGCCUGAACACCGGAAUAGUGUGAGAGCCAAAUUCUCCUUCACCAAACUAGAUUUUUAAUGUUUAUUUGAACAAAUGAAUCACUUUUAAAGGCUUAAACAUCUCAAAAAUCUCACAUAAAUUUGCACACAUGAGGUCUGAUGAAAUAUUUUGUAUUGUAUCUGAGUCAAGAAUGAGUAACGCGGAGUGAUAAUGUCCUGCCAAAGUUUUCAAAGGUACAGCCCCAGAAGAGGUGCCAACAGUAUAUAAGCUCCCUUUAGAAAGUGUGUUAAAGGUACAAUGUUUAGUAUUUGAUAGAGUUCAGCAAAGCAGAUUUUGGAGAAACAAAAAAUAUAGAUAUUAAUAAAUAUGGUGAAAAAAGCAUUUAAUUGCCAGAAUAUACAAUCUGUUUGUUUUUGUAAACUAAGAGUGAUCCUUUGCUGAAGAAGUAUGUACUUCCACACAUGCUGCUGUCGUCCACCGUCAUGUUUCAACAGUAGCACAAAAAGGACAUACUAGUAAUAGCCUUCAGUUUUUUGUGGUCGAGGACAAAGGAGAGCGGCUUCUGUUGUGCACAAAAUAAUUUCUAUUGAACAAAGUUUUGACAGUGAAAACUUGACUCCAAAAAUUUUGACGUCUCACCAUGAAAAAGUAGGUUGUAACUCAAAAAUAUUGUGUCCGAACUGCCUUAAACUUUACAUGUUUCAUAAAAAUCCCCCGCUAAUAUACCUACGAGAUGAAAAUGCCUCUUUGUCAUUGUUCGUCAUACUGGCAAGAGACAGGAAGCUUUACGUGAAAUGCUUCAAUCCAUUAACAAACAAACUGUGUGCUCUCACUUCAUGUUUCAUCCACAUGGUAAUUCUGCUCAUUUUGGGCUGAUAAAAACAGCAGCAGCACAAUCAGGGUGGUGUCAAACUAUGACAUAAACCUGACUCUUACACAUACCACAGUGUAAGGGCUCCUUUCAUACUCCUCACACUUUUUGUAACUUUUAGCAAAUAUUUCCCUCACUUGCCUAAAGCAAACGAGACCAUCACUGAGAAAACUACUCUUUACAAGAUUUUAAAAUAUCUGUAUCGCUGAAAAAAAAACCUUUGUGUGAAAGUUUCGGUGGCAGAAGGUCUUAAUAAAUGAGACAUUUGGCUCUAUGGGAAGAAGAAAGAUUGGGUGGACCAUGAAAAACACUACCUACACAUGAACAGGAAAAAAACGUGCUAAAAAAUAAGUCCUGCUUUGUCCACAAGGGGCACUAAUAUCCACCUAAACUAAAAGAUAAGUUUAAAUGGCUUAUGCUGCUAAGAUAUAAGCUAAUAAUCAUAUUUCUCUUCCUAACAACUUCAAUAAUUUGAUAGCUUUAUUUCAUCAUGUUCAGGGUUUGAGUUUUUGCCAUUAGUUCAACAACAACAAAACUAAAUUGUCCAUCUUUAUGGUUCAGAUUUGUUUUUCUGCCCUUACAGUAAAAAAGAAAAAAAAUAGUUCACGCAGGUUUUGGCUUCAGACUGUUUUUGUUUUUUGUUUUUUUUUACUGGAAUAAACCUCAAAAUUUGAUGUCUAAGCUUUUUACUUUUUAAUCCAAGUGUUUCCAAAAAAUCAUCCAGACAUGAAGAGCCCCAUACUUAAUGAAUAUUUAAUAUAUAACCCUAAAAAAGAAAGCACUGUGUUUAGAAAAGUCAGAUAAGAGUUAUGAGUGGAAAUGUUCAGAAGCUUGAAAGAUUUUCGUUUUGUCAGAAGAUUAAGACGACUUUUGGGACUCGACUCUGCCUCAAAAGACUUUGAAAAAGUUAUGCUAACUACUCCAAUAUCUUCAUCUUCUUGCACCAUUAAACGGUGUCACAUUUUGUUCUUUGCAGGCCCGUCCAAUGACGCGGUACCUUCCUAACCGUAAGGAGGAGUUUGAUCUGCGUUCCCACGUCGAGUCAUCAGGCCACUGCAUAGACACCUGCCCCUUCAUCAUCCUCACUGAGAAGAUGUGCAAAGGCCACCUGGUGAAGAUGGGGGGCAAGAUCAAAUCAUGGAAGAAACGCUGGUUCGUUUUCGACCGUCUAAAGAGGAACUUCUCUUAUUAUGUCGGUGAGGAUACAACAGUAUUCUUUGGCUUAGUUUUUUCAGGAAGUGUUAGAAACCCCUUGUUUUGAGGGUGAUUCAGUCACAGACAUAAACUCUACUCAAAACUAUUUCAAAUUUAAUGAAAACAUUUGCUGAGGUGUGAGCGUCUUUACUUUCAAGUCAUGUUGCUGCUUUUUCCAGUAAUGAGGAGCACUUGAAAGCCUUUCCUGGUCCAGGCUGGUGCAGGACAUGAUUUCAGCAAGUGUUUCCUGUUAACUUGAGUAUUCUGUCAAAUUAGAUUUUUUAAUACUGACUUCUUUACAGGCAUACUGGAUAUAUUUCCUCUGUAAAUGCUGAAGUGACAUUACUCAGAACUGAAAAAUCAUGAUGCUAAGUUGUCGUUCUGCUUCAAAUGAAGUGAGUCAGAGGAACAUUAAGGUAUUACUGAAGAUGUAAAACAUUCACCUCCUCAGACUUACUUCAGGCACUCCCCAGACUCCAUGAAAGUGUUGCAUUUAAAAGGAUCUAUGAAGCCAGGCUUUUGUUCAAAUGAUAGUUAGAAAUAGUGAAAUAGAUUCAAUUACACCUUGUGCUAUGUUUAGAAAACACACUGGAACAUACAAUAUUAAAAUGCGUCUGCUAAAUAAUGUGCAUUUUUAAUACCUUUAUUGUCAUCUAAUAAAUCACCUCUAUCCUUAGCAUCAGCGGGACCAGUAUACAGUAUAAGAAGAGGUUACUUUAUGAAAAAUAUCAUGGUUAAUUGAGAUUAAUUAAUCACUCCUUCUGUCUUACAUCCAUCAUAACCUCCAUUGGAAGUGCUGAGCAGCUUUUGCAUCAUACCUGCCAACAUUUGGGUUAUAAAAUCCACAAGAUUUUUGCGGGCAGUUUUGGGGUUACCUUGCAUGGUGGAUAUGAGCUAAUUAUGAGAGUAUUUGUAAUUAGAUUGCUCAUCCAAAUAAGUCAAAGUGAAGCUGCACACUUUUUAACUUUGUUUUAACAAUAACAAAUGGUAAUAAAAAGUAAUAGCUAAGAUAAGCUAUGAACUUAUUUAGUCCACUAAUAUUAGUGUUAAAGUCCUCAUAUGUUUUACAUGCUCUCUGAACAUCUGUGUGUGCGCAAUACAGCACUCUUUUAUCUGAGGCUGCCCUGAACGCAUCACUCUGAAACGGUGCAAGACUAUCAAUGUAAAUAUUAUAUCUCGCAGUUGUUUCCCUGUCACUAAAGAGUUCAUUUUGCAACAAACACUGCCUAAAUAUAGUUUACAGCUUAAACCGACCUGAAUCAUCCCAAACUGUAAAGUGAAAGUAUCAAUCCAGUGUCUGUGAGUCUCAGCAGAAACACAGGACAAUCUUCGGUUGUCUGGAAACUUUGGACAAAUAUAGUGAUCCGAUUCAUGAAUGAACGUGGACCAUGCUAACUACAGGAGAUUCCCGGGAGAAAUGACAAUACGGGAUGUGGGCGCGAGAUAGGUCUGAAAUAUGCUGAAGACUGGAGGUUAGCUAGUGCUUCACCUUUGACUUCAAACGAGGUUGUUUGCUCAGAUUGCACAACUGCAGCAAACAUAAACACAAUUAUAAGAUUAUUCCUUGAUUAGGCUUCAGUGAGGUUUCAGUUAUGAAGCUGUUUGCUUAUGUUAUUAUCAACUUAAUACAAUUAGCCUUUUUGUUUUCUCAAGAUUCUAAAAAAAAUGAACCUGCAAACCUGAUAAACAUCCUCCACUUUUAACUCAUUUUACUCAAAGAAGGACUUUUGUACAUCUUGGCUUUCUGUCCAAAUCCAUGUCAUUGUCUGCAAUUUUGCAAAAAAAAAAACCACCACCUCUGAAAAAGACUUCCUUUACUCCCUCGUGUAUUUGAGGCCUCCAGGUUAAAGCGUCUCUCAAAGACUCCUUAAUACCCUUGGCACCAACACAACUUCACAGCAAACACCACAGAGAAGAACUUCUCUGUAAAGGAUCAUAUUGUGCUCAAGUUCUGCUUGAGUCGACUCUUCUCAUUGAAGUUUCUGGCCUUUUACAGAGUCUUCUAACAUGAGAAGAAACUCAUAUGUUGUAUUCAUAAACUUCCUGUAAAAAACUUUGUGCAGUACACAAGGCCCAGACCUGAUUUAUUCAGUUCAGCCAACAGCAGCGCCUCACUCUGCUCUGUUUUUCAUUGAAACUCGACUUCUGUCCCGACCAGCGUUUGUUCAUCUGGAACCAAACAGUAAUUAAAGCUGCACUAAGUGAAAUCUCCGCCUUGUUCUUGUGUGUUCAAGCUGAAGUCAGUUUGUAAUUCACGGAUAUCAGACUGUCCCCUGAAUCUGAAACGAGCACAGUUAGUUUUCUGAAUAAUUCACGAGCGUGUUUUGGAGACAUUAUUUUACACUCCCGUUCAAAAUAGGAUCCAGGGAUAUUUUCAUUACUGUCGCCCCUCUUCUUCUCUUUGCUGCUCUCUCUCCACUCACUUGCCUAGCCUUUUCACCCUCUUACUCCUGACGAAGAUGAUGGUGAUGAUGGUGAUGAAAUAAGAUGCAAUACUUUCUCUGGAUGUGUUUUUCUUGGGGAGGAGGCUAGCUCCUGGCUUGUUCGUGACUAAUAAAACGAAACUCACAUUUCAAAAACAUUUAUCUCAUUACUAAGCAGAUUUGACUUAUGGAGAGGGGGAAGCAGGAGAAGGUGUCAGACGUUUUUCAAAAGAUUUCUUUUAAUUGUUGCUGGAUGUUUAUUUCUUAGCUGGGCAUAAGAGAGUCAAGGAGAGCUGUGUUUAUUUGGACAGGAGUGGAAUAGAGAAACUCUGAAACACAUGUGUGAAAGAAAUUGAUUUGAAACAUGAGAAAGUCUCCUUCAUAGUUCUGCCUGCAGUUCAUCCCAAAACUGGAAAAAUCUCAGUUUGAUGAUUGGGUCCGAUUGGCUUUAUCCGCAGGUCCCCUAAAGUACAAACUCUCCUUUAUAGAAGGACAUUAAAGGUGCUCUGGACAGAGGGGCUGACUCGCUAAAAGGGAAAUGUUGUUCUGAAAGAUCAAAUCGGAAACAAAAGAGACACUUUCCUUUUAAGUUUUGCACAAGAUAAAGAAGAGGGAGUGAACCUUGCCGGCAGGAAAAAGGCUAAAAACACAGAGACAAUCCAGAAAGUACAAGUGAAGAAAACAAGUCAGAUUAAUAGGAUGGUAAAGACUGCAGGCAUCGCUGGAAAUAGACUUGCUGUUGUAAUUAACUUACACUGCUCCUCAUACCUAUUCAUGGGUUAUGUGCUGCUGAGAAAAAACUGAACACCUUUCUUGCUUGAAAACCACUUUUUCUUUUAUUUCUCUGUCUAGAUAAAAGUUUGUCUUCAUCUGUUUCACUCAGACUUUUUUUAUUGAAACUCAACCACAAUGAAAAAACACUUUUUUUUAGAGAAAUCAGCCCCUCACCUCAUUUAUUCAACCUGUACUUUAUUUUUUCAGAGCUGAAAUUUUCUGAAGCAAAGGCGCUUUAAACCUUGAUGACUUAUUUCAUUUAAGACUUCAGGAGCAACAUUUUGCCAGAUGUAAAAAUCUAUGGCUGAAGCAGAAAUUUUAAAAGAGUGACAGAUAAUCAUGGAUUCGGAUGAAAGUUUUGAUUUAAUGGUAUAAGAUUAACCCUGCAGCUGACUUAAUUUGGACGAACUUGCCUGGAAAAUUAAGUUCCGUCUCUGUAGUUAGUUUACAAUUCAACCUCAGCUCAGAAAAUCACAGCUGACUCUCUUAUUCCUGCUUUGAGAGAAGUUGCUUUUCUUUUUGGACUGUUUCACAAAAUUAGUUUUUUUUAAACAGUUUUAAUGUAUUUUCCUUAAACACUUAUUCAAAAAAAAUGUUAAGGUUCCUUCAGCAAGAGCGCAACUCGUGAUUUUUCAGAUUUUUGUUUGCUUCCUCUACAUGAUCAAAUUAUUAUUUUAAAGGAAGGUCCUCAUUAUUUUAAAAUCCAAAAUAUGAAAGCUGUAACUGUCAAUCAUGACCAUCUACCUACUGAUCUUUUCUAGUGGGCUUCUGCUUUCAAGAAUUAUGAGAAAUAUUUGUCUGAAGCAGGACUUUGAUUAUUUGACUGAAAACAAACAUUAAAAUGUAUCCCCACAUCACAGGCUGAUUGUACUGCUGGGGCUGACAGAGGUCUUGCAUCAGUACAAGACAUAAUGAAAUGUGUCUUAAUAUGUUUCUUUUUUCUUUUUUCUCCUCAGACAAGCAUGAGACCAAACUGAAAGGACUCAUUUACUUUCAGGCGAUUGAAGAGGUUUAUUAUGAUCACCUGCGCAGUGCUACAAAGGUAACAAGCUGCUCUUUUAUCAUUACCUACUAUUCAGAACUUCAUUAGAGCAAAUUAUGGCUUAAUCAUUUGCAUGCUUUUUGAUUUUAUAAGCACUGGAAUAAAACAUUACAAUUUAAUCUCAAACAGUACUUACUCAUCCUUUAUAAAUAUAUUAGGAAUAUUGACUCUGUAUCAAAGACAUGAUUUCAGGUAAAGGUUUUGAUGCUGCUCCAGCUUCAGUUUUAAUGAUUAACUAAGAAAAUGUAUGAAAGAAUAAAAAUGUAAUUUUAUAACUUUAUAAUACAUACUUAUUUUAGUGUCACUAAUAAUAUACCAUCUGCAAACUAGAUAAGAUAUAAGAUAUAUAAAAAGUUUUACUUUUUUGAGUGGUAAGCAAACAUAAUUAAAAAUAAAAAUGACCUCUAAAUGUUUGAAUUAUUUAAAGCAAAUUGUACUUUGAAUUAAUUAAUUAAAAUCAGGAGCUCAAAUCUACAUUUAGAGGCUUAGAAGGAUCUGAACAACAGAGGACAGGAUUAAGUUUUUUUUUUUUCAAUCUUAAAUUUAAAAAACCUGUCCUGGAAAUUUGUUCAGAUGUAAGAUGCUACAGACUCCAAAAAAAAAAGAUGAAAAUGAGUUUUCAGUUUUGGUUUUAACUAUAAGCUGUCAAGUAUUUUGGUGAUCAGACUCUCCGUCUGGAGGAAAAUCAUGCAACAGGUGUUUCGCCUGCUGUCUCUUGUCUUAAAUUGCCCCCCCCUCACUCCUCUCUUCAUGAUCCCGCAGAGCCCAAACCCAUCUUUGACCUUCUGUGUGAAAACCCACGACCGCCUCUACUACAUGGUGGCCCCGUCCCCGGAGGCCAUGAGGAUCUGGAUGGACGUCAUAGUAACGGGAGCCGAGGGCUACACGCAGUUCAUGAGCUGAGGGACCAGCGGGUGACAGAUGUGGAAGUUGACGGAGGGACUGAAAGAGCACCCAGACACCUUAGAGUCCACCUGAGCUGCUCCCAACCGGAGCUCAAGCCGCAGCCUGACUGUGUGUAACCCAUGGACGUUUGAAGAGAUGAAAAAUGUGGAGCUCACAUGAAAAAAGCCUGAUGCCUGAUGCGCACGUGAGGGCUGAGCAUUGGAGGUACAUUUGUACGACUAUAUGAUUUGUAUUUAUCCUUCAGCCACUAUGAAAAGGGAAAUAGUUUGAGCAACCUGCUGGUGGAUCCAUAAUUACACAAAUCCAGCCUACAAUAUGUAUUUCUAAAGAAACAAUUUUUUAUAGUCAAAAAGAAAAUAUAAAAUAUUUCUCACUUCAGCAUAAACUGUUUACACUGUUAUCCCUGUAACAGAUAUUUUAACAUCUCUUCUCUUUUUGAUACAUUUGUACUUUUUCCCUAAAGUUUGAUAACUAUUUCUUGGAUGAAAAAAAAACCCUAAUAUAAUACAACACUAAAAAACUUUAUGGAAAAAAUAAGCUAUUUAAAAAAAAUACUCGCGUUACUUAUCAACUGAAAAUUACUUGGUGCCAAAUACUUUGUAAUAUUUUGUCAGAUUUUUACAAUGCAAAUGUUAAUAUGACUUUAUAUAUUGUUAUAAUGGCUUUUUAUUCGGUAAAAUAAUGCAGCUUUCUGUGUCUGUAUUUAACAAAAACUUUAGAAAGAAGACUUCUAUUGGCAUUUGAAAGAAAAUUCAUAGAUCAUAGUCGUAUAUGCAGUAGAUAUUGUAAAACUACCAUGUAAUAAAUGAGGAUGUAUGAUGCAGCUGUUGGUGUGUUUGAUUUCCUGACACUUCAGCUAAACUAUUAACAUUAAGUAACAAAUCUGUUCUCGCUUCCCUAAAAAGUGUUCCUUGCAAACAAGUCACUAAUUCACACGCUGCAUUCAGUGAUCUCACACACUUUAAUGAGCCUCUAACAUUCACAUCGUAAUAAGAACACACAAUAGGUGCUCCCUGUAAGACACGUCUCUUCACACCAGGACGGUCAGGUGGUUGAAGUAGUUAGUUGGCUCAUUAGCUCUGAUUAUGUGUAUCAAAACAUACUCAUAUAUUUAAUUCCAGCACAGUGUAAUUACUUGUGUGAUUUGUUCUGCACUUGUUAAGACUACAGGAAAUAAAAACAACAUGGAGCGAAAUUACAUGCAACUUUACACGCAUGAUUCAACAUCGAGAAAUUCAAAACCACGUAAAAAGCAUCUCAAUAGGUCCUCAUGAACAAGGUCUUGUAUAAAGUCCUGCAUUUAAAUAUAAAUUCACAUCCUGGAUCUCAUGUACAUGUGCAGAUAGAUGAUAAUAUAUGACCGGGAUAUGUGAUUAGUUAAAGCAGGGAUUACUGGAAUAUUUAACAGACAUGCAGGUAAUCACAAAAACACAUACCUCUGACAAGGACAGGAGAAAUUCAGCACUUGAAAGGUUUAUUUUUAAUUUUCCCGGGUUUGAAGGGAAAUACAUGUCACAUUUGUGUAUAUUAACUCAAACAAACACCCAAUUCAAUUCAUAACAGGCUGAGUUUUGUUCUUAAAUCUGUGCGCAGCUUUCAUUCGGAUCAUCUGCAUUUCUUUGACCUUGGGAGAGAUUUUCACACAUGGUGCCACACUUUGACUUUCUUUAAAGUCUCUGCUGCAGCCGUCUGAAUAAUAAACAGAUCUUUAAGAGACCAGUGUGAGCUCAUUACUGCGGUGAUGAGUGUGAGUGACACCCAGCCUUAUUGUUGGUGAAAUAUUAAUGAGACCGGCCUUUUCCCCAGGCCUUUAAUGCACAAAAUAAGAUAGACGAGCUGUGAAUUAGCGCUGGUCUCACAUGUGUUUUGUCAAUAUUAAUGGGAGAUAUUAACCUUGUCUGAAAACAAGCUCCAAAUUCUGAUGAAAUAGAGAUAUCUCUCUACCACGAGGAUGAGAUUCUAUCAACGCAUGUCAAAGCCGUCUGCUUUUACCGCCUUCAUAAAGCUUCAGCGCAGACAUUUGUAAUUUAUAAGUUUUUAUAUCCGCGUAUGAGUUCAGAUUAAUUUAGGAGAUUAAAGAGAAAAUUCUACCGCCCUACCCCGAACAUGUUCUCUCACUCACACGCACACACACACACACAAAUAAAGAUGAAAGAAGCUUUCACUAAACGCAUUUGAUGCACAAGUGAAACUUCUACUCUGUAUGUUUACGGCUUUGAACAAAUUAUUUUCCCUCUCUUUGAAGGCAAACUAAAAUGACAGUAGUUAAAUCAAAAACAGGACGCAUCCACAUACAGGCUUCAUUAAAUUACAAUAAAAGAAACGUGUUUUUCAGAUUUCAUGCCAAGCAUAACAAUGAUGGGUGAAAAAUAUCCAGGGGGGAGAAUAAGUUAGGCAAAGCACGAUGACCUAAUGAGGGCAACAAAAAUAUAGAUAGCAGGCUGCACCCCAGUGUGAGAUAUCAACCCAACUUUAGCUGAUACUUUUGCCAUUUGUUCCCAUUUUACAAAACUGUCCUCAAAAGAAAGUGUGUCACAACAAACAUUUAUUAUUAUAUCUUACAUCUAUUUAAACCAUUUUUAGUACUCAAGCCAGAGACCCACAAAAGUAAAUCAGUAUUAUAAAUUUUUUAUUUUUACACACUCACCACAAUCCCCAAAAUAGUCUAUUUUAUCCAUAUGUGCGCAAAGUUUUACAGAGUAGAAGAUUCACUGUGGAGAGGCAAUAGGAUGCAUUACUGUGCAGUGAGGAGUGUGAAAAAAUAAACGCAUGAUAAAAAUUACUCAUAGCUGCUUUCAUACAUGCUCUUUUUUAAAAUCACUUCUUUGAGCAAUCAGGAAAUCAUUGCCUUGACCUUUGACCUUUUCUUUUUAUGCCUGUGAGUUCAAAAGGACCCAGAUCAAAACAGGACCUUACAUCAAAAUCACACAGAAUGAAAACUUGACCAAAAGCGAUCUCAAUAUCACACAAAACAGACCAAUCAGUGUUGAGGAAUUAAAGUGUUUUUGCACAUUAAAGUUUGCAGAUUCAGUCAGACUAGAUCAGAUUCAAACGUCUGCGUCAAAAUAAAAUAAAAGCUGUGUGGCAGUCAACUUAAACAAGAAGCAUUUAAGCUGAAUGAAUGUCGAUGUAAAAUUCAAAGGUGACAGACAGAUUUUCAGACUCUUGGGGCUUAAUGUUUCUGCAGGGCAGCCCAACACAGUCUGAGUGCGUGAAUGACACCAAGGAAAGGAGAGUCCUCAAGGAAACCAUUUGGGACUUGUUUAUUUAAGGAGCUCAAAUUUAAAGUGACGCACGAACACUGAGCUCAACUUAAAAUAUCUAUUAAUAUUUCAUAAUGUUUGAUUUCAGUUUCUUUUUAUGACUUACCUUGUAACCUAAAUGAGUUUAAAUGUGAGAUUUUCCUUCAAGACAUUUAAUUUAGUACAGAGUUUUCCACCUAUAAUUAAUCCUGUCACCGUGAGAACAUGAAGAAAACUUGAAAAAUUGAAAGUUUGCUCACGAUAGGUCAGCACUUCGUUGACCUGCAUACUGUCAGUUAGAGCAUAUUAAGUGAGAUCUCUGAAGCUGUGACAUCCCAGCUGAGAGCAAAAAAAGGAGCCUUAGUCCUUUACAUCAAACACCUCUAAUUUACCGAGGAGCCCUUGAGGAAUAGCAAACAAACACAACCCUGCGACUGGCAGCUACAGCUCUGUCAUGGCUGAAAGUAAAUAGCCUUGAUCACAAUUAUGACUGAACACUUUAUAACACUUGUCACUUUUAGGGGACUUGAUUAUGUUUUUUUUCCGAACAUAGAAACAAAUGGGGGUGUUUUGUAAGCUGAACACACACAAAAACAUCCCCGAAGCCCCUCUGAGAGGCUCCCAUUCACAAGUUGUAACUGAAUUCCAUGUUUUCAUCGCAUGUUCAAAGAGGGGCAAAAGUUGAGGACAAUAAAUUCUGAGAGAGAUGAUGAUGAAAUGAUGGUGAAACUCUCACUAACGUGCCAUACGUGCACUUGGCAUGCAGCAUUGACUUUUUCUGACUUCUCCACUCAUACACAAUAUUCAGACAAUGUUUGGUUGUAAACUGAUGGACAGACUUGUUUUGCAUUAGAGAUAAUUAGAAAUAUCUCAAAUGUAAAUCCAAUGUCAACUUUCAAGAAAGUUUGUCAACCUCAACUUAGUCCUUUUUUAAAAUUGUUGUUAAAAACAAAUUGUAAUUUUUGAUUGUUGAAACUUUGGUCUGAGACUCAGAGCCCGCUGAAUAAUCUAUAGCAGUAAAGAGACUUAAAGGUGUUGUGCUGUGUAGUUAAACCAUUUGAACCUUUAAUGGGGACAAAGGGAGGCGUACUUAAACAGUGGAGACAACAUGGAGAGGCAGCAGAACUUUUAUGAGAAGCACCUUGGAUUUCUCCCAGGGUGCGCACACAGGAAGCCCUCAAUGGACCAAUUAAUACUGACGGGGAGAGCUGUCAGCCUUUUCCUGGGAGACCCUCCAACUUCACUGGCUUCUACCAUCUCAAUCUGGUCUCCAUUACAACUACAUUUAUCUAGAUUGCAUCAGGUUGCCCUUCUACAAAUGUCUAAAAGAUUCACUUAUACAACAGCUAUUACUUGGUGAGCAUUUUGCUGAAUAGCCUGCUUGAAACAGGACUGUCACUUUAAAUGACUCAGAUCAGCGCAGAUGGACUUGUCAGUCCUACACAAUCCUAUUCAAUAUAAAUUACACAGAAAGACUUAAUGUAGAUUAACUCCUUUCAGAGGACAUGCAUCCUUUUGUGGAGGAAAAACUGAUCUGUAGCUAUCCUGGAGUGAUCAAGUGUAAUCAGUGAAAGCUGGAUAUAAAUCAAUAUACAGACAUGCUGUUUUGUGGACAAAUCCAUUAGCUGCCUUACGCUAGUGGCCCAUCAAUAUGCAAAUUCAGCAGAACUGGAAAUAAGCCAAUUGGUUUUGGCAAAAUUUAUAAUGUCACAGAGAAGCAACUCAGCAAAUGAGAUGGAGGAACUGUUUGGAGAAGGAGGGGUGCACAAACAUAGGUGAGGUUGAGGGAAAACAGCAGGUGUGGUGAGAGAGAGAGAGAAAAGAAGAGAGAGAGAGAGAUGCAAAUCCCAUGGCAACAGCAACCAGAAAACAAGUCUAAAAUAGGGGGCAGUGUCCGCUAUUACUAUAGCAACAGGAGAACAGCACAUUUACUCUGCGUCUGGAUUUGCUGAAAGGAGAAAAAUAAAGCUUUAUUCCUCACGUAAUAGUUAUUGACAGUCCUUAACAGUGAAUGGAUUUGGUUGUGGUAACUGUGCCUUAUUAAAUUAGCCAUGAAAAUAACAGUUCUCAAAAUACAUUAAGAUAAAAGUUAACAGGUAAUGGUGAAUUUAUCUCCAACAGUUUUAAAUCACAGUAACUUUAUCAAACAGUGCCCUGUUGAAGUUAAAAACUAUAUCAAGUGACAGCUUUAUUUCCAAUUAACUUGAAUAAGGGGACACAUUUUUGUCAUUGAAUUUACACUAUACACUUUGUUUAAAAUCGUGUGAUUAUAAAGAAUGUGUAUUCUCAUUCAUUUUGUUUUUUGGGACAAUCCCCCCCUCCCCACAUCUGGUCACCGCAAGCUCUUUUGUAAGACAAUGAAUGAAUGAGCUUUGUGCUCCAAGGCGACUGAGCUUUCUCUGCCUUAAAAA